AUGCUCACGGCGCUCCGCCGCUGCCUCGUCCCACUCGCUUGCGUGCGAGUGUCGACGUCGCUGCUCAGCCCGCGCGUGCUCGUCCGCCCUCAGCACCUGCGCGGCGGGUCGCUGGCCCACUCGACGCUCGCCGAGGCGCCCAUGGAGAAGUUCCGCAAGGACUACGCGGCGCUGCCCUACGACGUCGUGUCCGUGGACCUGGACUUCGACGUCGGCGCCGAGGAGACGCUCGUGACGUCGACGCUCGCGCUCGCGCCGGCCGGCGGCGGCCCGCUCGUGCUCGACGGCGAGGACCUGCGGCUCGUGAGCGUCGCCGUCGACGGGGCGCCCCUGGCGCCGUCGGCCUACGAGGUCGGCGCCGAGACGCUGACCAUCGCGGCGCCGCCGGCGCAGCCCUUCACGCUCACGACCGUCGUCGGCAUCAAGCCCGCGGAGAACACGCAGCUCAGCGGCCUCUACGAGUCGAGCGGCAAUUUGUGCACGCAGUGCGAGGCCGAGGGCUUCCGGCGCAUCACCUACUUCUACGACCGGCCCGACUGCAUGGCGAGCUACACGUGCCGCGUCGAGGCCGACAAGGCCAAGUACCCCGUGCUCCUCUCGAACGGCAACGAGGUCGCGCGCGGCGACGCGGACGGCGGCCGCCACUGGGCGCGGUUCGAGGACCCCUUCAAGAAGCCGUCCUACCUCUUCGCGCUCGUCGCCGGCGACCUCGGCGGCAUCCGGGGGUCCUUCACGACGAAGAGCGGCCGGGCCAUCGACCUGCGGGUCUGGUCGGAGCACGAGAACGUGGGGCAGCUCGACUGGAGCCUCGAGGCGCUCAAGAAGGCCAUGAAGUGGGACGAGGACGUCUACGGCCUCGAGUACGACCUCGACGUCUACCACAUCGUCGCCGUCAACGACUUCAACAUGGGCGCGAUGGAGAACAAGGGCCUCAACGUCUUCAACACGGCGUGCGUCCUCGCCGCGCCGGAGACGGCGACGGACGGCGACUACGACCGCGUGCUCGGCGUCGUCGCCCACGAGUACUUCCACAACUGGUCCGGGAACCGCGUGACCUGCCGCGACUGGUUCCAGCUCACGCUCAAGGAGGGGCUCACGGUCUUCCGCGACCAGCACUUUACGGAGGACAUGACGUCGCGCGCCGUGAAGCGCGUCGACGACGUCCGGGUCAUGCGCAGCGCCCAGUUCGCCCAGGACGCGGGGCCCAUGGCGCACCCGAUCCGCCCGGAGUCCUACGUCGCCAUGGACAACUUCUACACGGUCACGGUCUACAACAAGGGCAGCGAGGUCAUCCGCAUGUACCGCACGCUGUUGGGCUGGGACGGCUUCCGCAAGGGCGCGGACCUCUACUUUUCGCGCCACGACGGCUCGGCCGUGACCUGCGACGACUUCCGCCAGGCCAUGGCCGACGCGACGGGCCGGGAUUUGGCCCAGUUCGAGCGCUGGUACACGCAGGCGGGCACGCCGACGGUCACGGCGGCGCCGGGGACCGUCGUCGACGGCGCCUACGCCGUCGCGCUGUCCCAGGCGACCAAGGGCACGCCGGGGCAGGAGGACAAGGCGCCGUUCCACGUGCCCAUCGCCGCGGCGCUCCUGGACCGGGCCGCGGGCGCCGUCGUCGCCGAGGCGACGUUCGAGCUCACGGAGGCGUCGCAGACCUUCUCCUUCGGCGCCGUCGACGAGGGCGCGGCGGACUACGUGCUCUCGCUGAACCGCGACUUCUCGGCGCCCGUGACCAUGGUCGUCGAGGGCCAGACGGCCGAGGACCUCCUCUUCCUCGCGACGUACGACACGGAUCCCGUGAACAAGUGGGACGCGACGCAGCGCCUCGGCGCCGCGGCCGUGCUCGACGCCUUCGCCGGCGCCGAGGCCGCGGACGCGUCCUUCGCCGCGCUGGCCCGGGCCUUUGGGGCGACGCUGGAGGACGAAGCGGGCGACCCGUCGCUCCGCGCGCUCAAUCUGGCGCUGCCGGGCUUCUCGGAGCUGAGCUUGCAGCUCGACGACGGCUUCGACCCGGGCCUGCUCUGCGCGGCGCUCAAGGCCGUGAAGCGGCAGCUCGCCGCGGCCUUCGAGGCCGAGCUCGCCGCGCUCUACGACUCCCUGGCGAGCGACGCGGCCUUCUCCGUCGACGCCGCGGAGGUGGGCCGGCGGCGCCUGCGCAACGCGUGCCUCGGCAUCCUGAGCCGGUUGGACGGCCAGGAGUUUCGCGCGGCCGCGCACUACGACGCCGCGGACUGCAUGACGGACCGCCUCGCGGCGGCCGUCGCGCUCGCGGGCGCGGCGUCGCCGGAGCGCGACCGCGUGCUCGGCGACUUCUUCGCGACCGCCAAGGCGUCCAAGGCCGACCUCGUCGUCAACAAGUGGUUCGCGCUCCAGGCGUCGGCGGACGCGGACGACGCGCUCGCGACGGUGCGGGCGCUCGUCGCCCAUCCGGACUUCACGCGGACGAACCCGAACCGCUACCGGUCCGUCGUCAACACCUUCGCGGGCGCGAACCCCGCGGCGUUCCACGCGGCCGACGGCGGCGGCUACGACUUCGUCCGCGACGAGGUCAUCGCGACGGACAAGCUCAACCCGCAGGUCGCCGCGCGCCUCGCGGGCGCCUUCGGCAACUGGCGCAAGUUCGACGCGCCGCGCCAGGCGAAGAUGAAGGCCUGCCUCGAGGCCAUCCGCGACGCCGCGGGCCUCUCCAAGGACACGUACGAGAUCGCGUCCCGGCAGCUCGUCUGCCCGCUCGUCGCCAAGACGCCGCUGACCCCCGACACGUCGCGCUACCGCUUCGCGCUGCCGACGCCGGCGCACUCGCUGGGCCUGCCCGUGGCGAGCCACGUCCUCGCCGUCGACGCGGGCAACAUGUACCGCGAGUACACGCCCGUGACGCUCGACGGCGUCGACGUCGGCUACUUCGACCUGGUCGUGAAACGCUACGCGAACGGCUACUUCUCGGAGCGGUUCGCGCGGCUCGAGCCGGGCCAGACCAUGCGCUUCAGCGGCCCCGUCGUGACGCUGCCCUACGCGGCGAACGCCGCCGACCGCGUCGCCAUGGUCGCGGGCGGCACGGGGAUCACGCCGAUGCUGCAGAUCGCGCGCGCGAGCCUCCGGGACGACGGCGACGCGACGAAGUUCGCGCUCCUCUACGCGAACCGCACGCCGGGGGACAUCCUGCUGCGCGCCGAGCUCGACGCGCUCGCGGCGGCGCACCCGGACCGCUUCUCCGUGCGCUACGUCGUCGACGAGUCCGACGGCCGCGCGGACGUCGACGCCGUCGGCCGCGUCGACGCGGCGCAGGUCGCGCGGUUCCUGCCGCCGGCGUCGGCGCCGCGCACGCUGGUCCUCGUCUGCGGCCCCAAGGGCUUCGUCGCGCACCUCUGCGGCGCGCGCGCGCGGCCCGGCGGCGGGCCCGUCGGCGGGCUCCUCGGCGCGCUGGGCUACGACCGGGUCGUGCCCUUUGGCUAA